AUGUUGUUGCCAUGGUUACCGGACAUUACCGAUUUGAUUGAGGUCGAGGGAGAACUGGACUUAUUCGUCCCCACGCCGCUCGGUCUCCAAGCUCACGUCGGCAGAGCCGAGGAACACCUGGAAGGUGCCGGAAUGAUUGGAGGCCCGCCGAGCGAGGACAAUGGCGUCUGUGUCAAAAUUUGUUGUUUCCUCUGUGUCACAGCGUCUGCCAGCGUGCCACCGCUGCACUCAGAGCACUUCAAGCCGUGUCACAACAAAGACUUGUCUUACUGCCUCAACGGUGGCGAGUGUUUCGUCAUCGAGACGCUGAGUGGACCUCACAAGCACUGCAAGUGUCGCGAAGGCUACCAGGGCAUCCGCUGCGACCAGUUCCUGCCCAAGACCGACUCCAUCCUGUCCGAUCCAAACCACCUUGGCAUCGAGUUCAUGGAGAGCAAGGAAGUUUACAAGAGGCAGCUGCUGUCAAUCACCUCCAUCGCCAUGGCGAUUGGCCUCCUGGGGGUCGUCUGCGUCGCCCUCUACUGCCGCAACAAGAGGACGACACACAAACUGGAAGCUCACUUGAAAGAAACUCGGAGUCUAAGAAACUACACGACACACAACUACACAACACACAACUACAUGACACUCAAGUACACGUUACACAACAACACACCACUCUACAACACUACACACAACUACACCACGCACAAGACCAGGACCAGCCAGGACACCAAGAACACCAACCAUGAAGUCAACCAGUAUUGCAAACGUCCACCUGCUUGUCGCCAUGGUGACGUGUUUGGUAACAUCAGCACCACGCCAGCCAUCUGCUCCAGAAGCAUCAGAGACACUGCGCAGCAAAGGGGUCUGGCAGCCCAUUGGUCGGCCCCCCGCUGGACUCCGCCCAUUGCCAGUGGGCGGUCCAAGAGUUGUGGCCCCGCCUAUCAGCACCUGCAGGAAGUGGAGCUCGCUGAACAGGAAGCACAACAAGGCGUCGUCCAGCAGGGGAAGCCACGCCCACAUAUGCAAUCGCCAGCAGCUGCGGGGUACCACGCCGUCACGCCUUCAGACCGCGCGGGUGCCGCCGCCGCCUACGGCCUGCGGAGACCAAACGGCGCGGCCUCCGUCCCCAUCAUCCCUUCCGUCCUCGGUCGCCACGACGACGAGAUUUCCUGUAUGCAAACUGGAGCCACGCCCUGCCAGGAGGCGGAGCGAGAGCGACUGCGGCGGGGGGAGGAGGAGGAGGCGCACCUGAGGGCGUUGGCGCGCAGGCGGCGGCAGGACGGCGCCUGCGCAGCGCCGCCGCCCGCCAGGGAAACUGUCUGCUUCGUCAACCUCCACGUGGGCGGGGCCGGCGGGCCGCUUUGUGACGGCCCCACCCACACCCAGUUACUAAGCCCCGCCCCCCACAAAGACCUGGCCCAAUGAGAAGAGAGGAAAAGGUCGAGUUGACUCACCAGCCAGAAGUCCUGGGAAUGUGCUGACGGACGCAAAGAUGGCCGCCGCCCAAACAGGAAGUAGAUUUAUUUCCCAGACAGAAGUGGACGAACAGAAAGCAAAAGUUGUCAGUGUACAAAGAAUAUAUGAAUACAUCUAAAUAUACGGAUAUAAAUAUACGGACGUCUGAAAGUUACACAAGAAGAAUGAUCCACCUUUUUUUUUUCUUCUUCUUCUUCUUCUUCUUCUUCUUCUUCUUCUUCUUCUCCCUUUUCUACACGCUUCUGUUCGCCGACGAGGGCGGGGCCUCCCGGGUGACGGCCCCGCCCCCCCCACCCCUGUCGUUUUGACACCUGUCUGCCAAGAAUCACAGUGAAUGUGUGUGCGCGCGCACGUGCGUGUGUGUGUGUGUGCGUGCGUGCGCGCCUUCAAGUGUUUUUUUUUUUUUAAACCUCGCUAUUGAUCACUCACACGCUCGCGUUUGCACGAGGAGACGAGGAGACGAGGGGACGAGGAGACGAGGACGCACACUUCUGGUUGUUUUUUCAUGCGGUUCUCCAUCUUUGUUGGUGACGAGUGGCGCCACCUUGUGGGCAGUUUGAGUGUCGACAGAAGAAAUAAAUGUCUCUAUGUUGUGUCGUCGCCAUGGCAACCCUUUGUCGUGCCCCCCCCACCCCCCAAGCAGGACAGCCGAGGAACACAACGAGGAGCCACAAUAAUAAUAAUAAUAAUAAUU